AUGGCGUCUCUGCAACUUCGAAGACUCUUACUUCGUUCCGUCCGUUUUCGCUCCAUAUCAUUCAUUUCUUCAUCUCCGACUCAACCACCUCCUCAUUCUUCCCACCAAAUCCCUUCCAAUUUUUCAUCACAUUUCCAACACUCAACCAUUUUCACUCCACCUUCACUCUUCCAGACCAAAUUCUUCUCAUCGGUAUCAGAAUCAGAACCUGUUUCCCCAACGCAAACACUCCCAGAAGAAUCGGAUCCAAUUGCCCACGCAAUCUCAUCGGAGCUUCUCAAAGAACCAGAAUCGGAUCCUAACUCUGUCGCUCAGCGACUCCAACUCAGUUUUUCCCACAUUACUCCUACGCAUAGUUUGGUUCUCCAAACUCUAAAUCUCUCCCUUGAAGCUGGCAGAACUGUAUUGGGGUUCCAUCAAUGGCUAGCUUCGAAUCCCAAAUUCACACACACCGACGAAACACUAUCUUACUUCGUCGACUACUUCGGUCGCCGGAAAGACUUCAAGGCCACGAACAAAGUCCUUGCCAGCGGUGGCGCAGGGUCUAAAACCUUACUAGCGGCAAUCGACCGGCUUGUUCGAGCUGGUCGUCCGAGCCAGGUAGUUCAGUUUUUUGAGCGAAUGGAGAAGGAUUACGGGUUGAAGAGAGAUCGGAGUUCUCUGAAGGUGGUUGUGGAGAAGCUUUGCUUGAAGGGUUACGCAAGUUACGCAGAGAAGAUGACGAAGGAUUUGGCUAAGGAAUUCUUCCCCGAUGAAGCAAUGUGUGACUUACUUGUCACAGGUUAUUGCAUCGACGGAAAGAUCGAAGAAGCUCGGAGGCUUGCCGGAGAGAUGUAUCGUGGAGGAUUUGAGCUUGGUGUAGGGGCUUACAAUGCAAUGCUUGACUGUGUCUGCAAAAUCUGUCGUCAAAAGGAUCCAUUUAAGCUUAAUUCCGAGUCUGAGAAAGUGCUUGUGGAAAUGGAUCAUCACGGGGUUCCUCGGAAUGUGGAGACAUUCAAUGUGUUGAUAACGAAUCUAUGUAAGAUUAGGAAGACUGAUGCUGCUUUGGGGUUGUUCUUUUCCAUGCAAGGGUGGAGAUGUAAUCCCAAUGAGACUACUUUUCUUGUCUUGAUUAAGAGCCUUUAUCAGGCUGCAAGGUUGGAAGAAGGUGACGGAAUGAUUGAUGGAAUGAAAUCUUCUGGGUUUGGUGCUUUUCUUGAUAAGAAAGCUUAUUUUGAUUUUCUUACCAUUUUGUGUGGCAUUGAGAGGAUUGAUCAUGCUUUGAAGAUCUUUGCUAUGAUGAAGGCUGAUGGGUGUGAACCUGGGGUUAAAACUUAUGACUUGUUGAUGAAGAAAUUGGGUGCACACGAUCGUGUUGAUAAGGCCAAUGCCCUAUUUAAUGAAGCUCGGGGUAGAGGAUUGGAUGUGACUCCUAAAGAGUAUGUUGUUGAUCCGAGAUUUGUGAAGAAGAAGGAGAAGAAAGUUAAGGGUGAGAAGAAAAGGGAAACUUUGCCUGAGAAAAUGGCUAGGAAGAGAAGACGCUUGAAACAGAUCCGGCUGAGUUUUGUGAAGAAGCCCAAGCGAAAGAUGGGUCGAUGA